AUGAAACGUUGGGAUGCUAAUGCGGAACAUAGACCAACUGCUGAAGAAUUGUAUAAAAUAUUAAAAGAAUUGCAUGAAGAAGAUAAGAAAUUCAAUAAUGAAAUUCAUGAUAGUCCAUCAGUAUCAGAAAAUCUAAUUUCAGAAUGCUUUGAUGUUCAAUUUUAUGAAUCAGAUCUCAAUGAAAUUAAUCAAGAAGAAGAUAAUUUGAAUAAUGAGUCUUAA